GGGUGGGGCUGAGGAACUGGCUUCCUCCGCAGAGAUCUCAAUCUGGCCCUGAGUUCCCGCCCCAGAAACACAGGAACAGACACUUGGAGACUUCAGCUCCGCAUUCCUUGUUCCAAGGGGCAGACAGGACAGGCUGAAAAUAACAACUGAUUCCAAAAAAUAAAGGGGAUGACUCCAGCAGAGCGCCCCACUCCUUUGAAGAGCGCAGAGGAAGAUGUCAGCGCAGUCCCUUCCUGCAGCGACACCCCCUACGCAGAAGCCCCCUCGGAUCAUCCGCCCCCGCCCUCCUUCUCGUUCCAGGGCUGCCCAGUCCCUGGGGCCUCCUCACAAUGGCUCCUCUCCACAAGAACUUCCCCAAAUCUCCAAUGAUGCACCAACCCCAAUGUGCACCCCCAUUUUCUGGGAGCCCCCAGCCGCAUCCCUCAAGCCCCCUGCUCUUUUGCCUCCCUCAGCUUCUAGGGCCAGCCUUGACUCCCAGACUUCCCCAGAGUCACCUUCCAGCACCCCCACACCCAGCCCAGUGUCCCGGCGAUCCGCCUCCCCUGAACCUGCCCCCCGGUCUCCAGUCCCCCCACCCAAGCCCUCUGGGUCACCCCGCAUGCCCCUACUCCCCAUGGUGGGGAUCCCGGCCCAGAAUGGCUCCUCCUCAGCUCCUGGCACUGUGCGGAGGCUGGCUGGCAGGUUUGAAGGAGGUGCUGAAGGCAAGCCUCAGGCCGCAGAUGCCCUGGAGCCAGGUCUCCAAGCGGGAGCAGAUGUGAAUGGGGAGAGAGAGGGUCCCCUCACCGGGAGCGGGUCCCAGGAGAACAGUGCUCCAGAUGCUGGCCUGGCCUGCCCUCCUUGUUGCCCCUGUGUCUGUCAUGCCACCCGGCCUGGCCUGGAGCUCAGAUGGGUACCUGUGGGGGGCUAUGAGGAGGUUCCCAGGGCCCCCCGCCGGGCCUCCCCGCUACGGACCUCUCGCUCCCGCCCCAACACUCCAAGCGUCGGUCACCCAGCCGUGGUCCUCACAUCCUACCGUUCCACUGCCGAGCGCAAACUCCUGCCACCUCUCAAGCCUCCCAAGCCAACUCGUGUCAGGCAGGACGCCACCAUUUCUGGGGACCCCGCACAGGCAGAUCUCGAUCUGCCUUCUGAAGAUGGAAUCCAAACAGGGGACAGUCCUGAUGAAGCUCCUCGGAACACUCCUCCCGCAACUGUGGAGGGGAGGGAAGAGGAGGGCCUAGAGGUGCUGAAGGAGCAGAAUUGGGAGCUGCCCCUGCAGGAUGAACCUCUGUACCAGACCUACCGAGCAGCUGUGCUGUCAGAGGAGCUGUGGGGGGUCAGUGAGGAUGGGAGUCCUUCUCCAGCAAAUGCUGGAGAUGCACCCACCUUCCCACGACCCCCUGGACCUCGUAACACCCUGUGGCAGGAGCUUCCGGCUGUGCAAGCCAGCGGCCUUCUGGAUACCCUCAGCCCCCAGGAGAGGCGCAUGCAGGAGAGUCUUUUCGAGGUGGUGACAUCAGAGGCUUCCUACCUGCGCUCCCUGCGGCUGCUGACCGACACUUUCGUGCUAAGCCAGGCACUCCGGGACACGCUCACCCCGCGUGAUCACCACACACUCUUCUCCAACGUGCAGAGAGUCCAGGGAGUCAGCGAGCGGUUUCUAGCGACAUUACUGUCCCGUGUGCGCUCUUCCCCGCACAUCAGCGACCUGUGUGAUGUGGUGCAUGACCACGCCGUGGGGCCUUUCUCGGUGUAUGUGGAUUACGUGCGGAACCAGCAGUAUCAGGAGGAGACCUACAGCCGCCUCAUGGACACCAACGUGCGCUUCUCUGCGGAGCUGCGCCGGCUGCAGAGCCUCCCGAAGUGUGAGCGGCUCCCGCUGCCGUCCUUCCUGCUACUGCCCUUCCAGCGCAUCACCCGGCUCCGCAUGCUGCUGCAGAAUAUCCUGCGCCAGACAGAAGAAGGGUCCAGCCGCCAGGAGAAUGCCCAGAAGGCCCUGGGUGCUGUCAGCAAGAUCAUCGAGCGUUGCAGCGCGGAGGUGGGGCGCAUGAAGCAGACUGAAGAGCUGAUCCGGCUCACCCAAAGGCUGCGCUUCCACAAAGUCAAGGCCCUGCCCCUGGUCUCCUGGUCACGGCGCCUGGAGUUCCAGGGAGAGCUGACGGAGUUAGGGUGCCGGAGGGGGGGCGUGCUCUUUGCCUCGCGCCCCCGCUUCACGCCUCUUUGCCUGCUGCUCUUUAGCGACCUACUGCUCAUCACUCAGCCUAAGAGUGGGCAGCGGCUACAGGUUCUGGACUAUGCCCAUCGCUCCCUGGUCCAGGCCCAGCAGGUUCCGGAUCCAUCUGGACCCCCUACCUUCCGCCUCUCCCUUCUCAGCAACCACCAGGGCCGCCCCACCCACCGACUACUCCAAGCUUCUUCCCUAUCAGACAUGCAGCGCUGGCUGGGAGCCUUCCCAACCCCAGGCCCCCUUCCCUGCUCCCCGGACACCAUCUAUGAGGACUGUGACUGUUCCCAGGAACUGUGUUCAGAGCCAUCUGCACCUGCCAAGACUGAAGGACGGAGUCUGGAAGCCAGGGCUGCCCCCAAGCACCUGCACAAGACCCCUGAAGGUUGGCUGAAGGGGCUUCCUGGGGCCUUCCCUGCCCAGCUGGUGUGUGAGGUCACAGGAGAACACGAAAGGAGGAGGCACCUGCGCCAGCACCAGAGGCUUCUCGAGGCUGUUGGGCCUUCUUCAGGCACCCCCAGUGCUCCCCCACCCUAAUGCAGGCUGAGGAAGGGGCACAGGUUGGGAGACACCUACCAGUGUGGCAAGGAGAGGACAAAGCCCAUUCAUCCAUUGGAUUCACUGCCAGUGGAGAUACUACCUCUUGUGGCAACUAAUAGAGAUCGAGCUUCAGGACAGGGCAGCCAAUGAAAACGGCCGCCGGAGUCCAUAGCAAUAAGAUGAAUGAGGAUGCCUUGAUUUUGUGGCCAAUGGAGACACAGGCUUAGUGCAGAGCAGCCAAUGGGUACUGAGCUGGCUGAGCCUACGACCAGUGAGUAUUCCUGCUAUGCGCAGGACCAAGGAAGGCAAAUCUAGGUCAUGGCAGUUAAAAAAGGGCCUCAUUGGAGAUAAAGCGCUAGGAUAAAAUUGAGAACAGGAAUGAGCAGGAACCCAACCAAAGAAAACAGUGAUCUGGGCUCAAGAGACCAGUAGUCACCCUGCUUGGUUCUGCAGCAAUGACUGGUCCUGUCUUUUGAGUCUGGGAAAUACUAGUUUCCAUUCCUGGGUGCUUCCUGUGCCCUCUCAAGCCAGUUCGUCUCUUCCAGAAGAAUUCAGAGUGUGUGUCUCAGAACAUCUGUGUGUGUGCAUGUGCAUGCGUAGAUAUGUGUGCAUAUGUGACAGGGAAGGCAUUCCGCUGAACAUGGUGUGUGUGGUGAUUGUACCCCUCUCCCUCCUGCAAAUGACUGAGAGCUCCGUUUCUUCCUUUACCUCCCAUUUUUCCUGUUACUUGCUCCAAGAAAGAGGCUAAGUCUGAGCUUCAGAAGAGACUGUGCUGGAUGUGGCUUGGCACCCAGGGAAGGAGAGCCCUGAGCUUUGGGUCUCUUGGAGACCAGGGUUCCGUGACAGUUGCAGGGCGAUCUUAUGGAGCAGUCAACAGCCUGGCAGAGGAGCCCAAGGAACUGAAGAUGGCUAGUAGCUGGGGCCUGAGGACCUUGAAGUCUGCAGGCCCUUCUCCUUGACCCAAACGCUGACCUCCAUAAUUCCUGCCUGUAGAUCCCCCAACUUGAACUAUAAUCCAUCAGCCAGCCUCAGCCUUGAGCUUCAGAAUCACACUAAAUCCCGCAUCUAGGUGAAGAAACAGGAGCUGUGGAUCACAGGCCAGCCAGUGAACCCCCUGGGCUUUCUUGCCUUUGUCCUGAUCCUCUCACAGAAACACUGGGCCAAACAGUGGGGAGAGAUGGGAGAGCAGUGUGGCUGUCCAACCCCAUCCAGAGAAUCUGCUUCCGGAUGAGCAAAUGCCUUGCAUGAUACCAGAGGAGGUGAGGGACAGAGACAGCAAGGGAGACAGUGGCUGGCAGGGGGACCCAGGCCCGGGACAAGGCCUCCCCUUCAGCUCAGGCACAGCAACUUGCCCAGGACAGACAAUGUCACGUUGACUGCAGGAGGCGCAGGGACUCCGGGAGACUCAGAGGGAGAAGAGCACUGGCAUUCGGCGUGCCCAUGAUGUUGGAGACUCCCCUAGCAUGGUGCCUGACAUGUGGGAAUCCCUCAAUAAAUCGUGGUGCAUUUGUACUGAG